AUGGCUAUCCCAAGUUGGAGGUGGGUUCUUGCUCAGCGUCCAUUCUCCGCUCGCAUACGUCAGUGCCUGGAAGGGUGGACGUGGUUGGACAAGCGUAUCUGUCAGCUGCUCUUCUCGAAAUCCUCACGCCGUUCUUUUCAGGCUGUUUUUGAGGCGAUUCAAUAUGAGAAGCAGGAAGUGGUUCCUCCCCCGCCGUCUUUGUUCACGUGGAAUUAUCGUGUAAUUGAGAGACUGGAGUAUAUUCGUAUUUUGCCAGACAAAAAUGUGUGCAAGGAGUCGGAUGGAGGAGAUGAGCUGCGGGGGCAAGGACAUUUUGUUGGAUGGAUAAAAUACAAUUUGGGAAUACGUAAUUGUGUGGCGAAUCCGCAUUUGCUGCGUAACUCUACACUCGAACAAGGUCAGGUAAAUGGACUUGAUCGCUACAGGUGCAUAAUCUACUUGGUGUGGCCGCCUGUGUUUGUCAGAGAUGAUUUUGAGGCCACCGUGAGAGCAUUGGCACCGCAUCAGAUAUUGAAUGUCGCAGUGAUAGGGCUGGCUGGACAGCAUAAAUCAAGUGCGGUGAAAAAUCUCCUGCCGUUCCUUCGGCUGCUUGGUGGAUUCAACAGAUCUGUACUGGCUGAUGCGUCGGUGAAUUGGCGAUUGUGGUGCAUCACGUUCCGUGAAAGAAAGUUUAUUAAUUGGUAUAAGAUGAUGAGAUGGACCCGUUACCAAUUGAUCGACAAGGGGAUCGAGGGUGACUCUGUGGCGAAAAAGAUGGAGGAAAUAGUUAUGUACUAUGUCUUCGUUGCUGCUAUCAAGUUUGCAGCUGUGCGUUUAGUUCAGCGAACAUGGCCAGAAGUUGGUUUGGAUUUUGUUGUGGCCCCGAUACCACCUCUGCACGGCAUGGAUGAAAGUUGUUCUAGUACCAAAGGCCUCAUUCUCUGUGCUUGUCAACUCCCUGCUACUCUUGUUCGGCGUGCUUUGACUGGUGCCACCUGUUUCGUGUGCACACUCAUCACGAGGGAUUGCAGCCUCACGUUGAACUGCUCUUCAUCCGAUCCACUCCCAUUUCUACCAGUCUUCGCUCUUGCCUCUUGA